AUGACGUCUCGUCUCUUAUCUCUAGAGAGGAAUUUUAAGAUUGCAGAAAAAAGAUUUCGAGUAAAGGAGGAUUUGCCUUUACAGAUCGGUUGGAAGGAGAAGCUAUCAACAAUUGAUGCCUUCUUUGAACGCCACGAGACACUUCCGUAUAAGUUUGACAUAGAUUCAAAGAGAAACGUAUUUAUCGUCGAGAUGGAGGGAGAUGUGCACUCUAUGCUUGCCAUGACUCUAAGUUAUAUGUUUAAUGCUCCCAAUGGGGGCAUUCCUUACAACCACCCAAUACAAGUUGCCCGUAAUACAGGCCACUAUCGUCCCGACGGUGGAGGUGUAAAAAAUGCCUCAGAUGUCGAAGUAUAUCCGGGUGUAAGCGUUAUUCCAAGAACUCCACCGACAACUCCAUUAAGACAUAACGAAAUGCCUCCUGUUAAUGUGAAUGGACGGCCCCACGCACGAAUAAUGUGCGAAAUUGCCAGCUCGCAAAAGUUUCCCGACUGGCACGACAAAUGCAAGCGUUGGAUGCGCCAGCA